AGGUCUGUAGAUCAGAGAUAGGCUGGCAGCCGCCAGCCCCUCCUACACUGGAGGUAUCCAGCUGCAUUUGGAUGCCGUGGCUCAUGAGCCGGCUGUGGCACGGCCGGGUUUGCAGGAUGUGGCCGGUGAAUUAUGCAGGUUUGUAGGAUGUGGCCGGUGGGUUAGCGAUGCUCCCGUUCCCCGCAGUGCCCAAUCGCAGAGCGGUGCCGCAGCAGGCGCUGCCCUGCGCUCCCACCGGGGCUGGCGCUCGCAGCCGCCUCAGGAGCACCGAGCGCUGCCGAUGCUGGAGCCCGAAAGCUGAGCGGGCUUGCAAUGACUAUGGGAGAACGCGCAGGACACUCAGCAGAGAGGUCAUCCACGUCAGACCUCAACGUGGCACUGCGUGAAUGUAUGGCAGCUCUGGAUUUAUUUCUUAACAACAAGUUCUCAGAAGCUUUGGCUUCUCUACAAGCAAAAACUAAAGACAGCAUGUAUCAUGCCCUGACCUAUGCCACCAUACUGGAGAUGCAAGCUAUGAUGACAUUUGAUCCUCAGGACAUACUGAAUGCAGGGAACACAAUGAAGGAAGCUCAAGCCACCUGUCAAAGAUUUAGGAAGAAAUCUACUGUAGCUGAUUCUAUCAACAACCUUGUGCACAGGCAAAGCCUUGAACACUUCACUGAAGAGGAAAUCCAUGCAGAAAUUUGUUAUGCUGAAUGUUUACUUCAGAGAGCAGCACUCACAUUCCUCCAGGAUGAGAAUAUGGUCAGCUUCAUAAAAGGAGGCAUCAAAGUCCGAAACAGUUACCAAACCUACAGGGAGUUGGACAGUCUCAUACAGUCCCCACAUUAUGUCAAAGGAGAGAACCAUCUUCAUUUUGAGGGAGGUGUGAAACUUGGAGUUGGAGCAUUUAACCUGACAUUGUCCAUGUUUCCUGCACGGAUUCUGAGAUUACUGGAGUUUGUUGGAUUUUCUGGGAAUAAGGAACAUGGUCUGCUGCAGCUUCAAGAGGGAGCAUCUUCAUACAGCUUUAGGUCGGUGCUGUGUACCAUGCUGUUGCUUUGCUAUCAUACUUUCAUGACCUUUGUGUUAGGGACAGGAAAAGGAAAUGUUGAGGAGGCAGAAAAACUACUUAAGCCUUACUUGGCACGCUAUCCAAAGGGAGCCAUAUUCCUGUUUUUUGCAGGGAGGAUAGAAACACUAAAGGGUAAUAUUGAUGCGGCAGUCCAUAGGUACGAGGAAUGCUGUGAAGCUCAGCAGUACUGGAAGCAGUUUCAUCACAUGUGCUACUGGGAGCUGAUGUGGUGCUUCACCUACAAGCGCCAGUGGAAAAUGGCUUUUUUCUAUGCAGACCUGCUGAGCAAGGAAAAUACUUGGUCAAAGGCUACUUACAUUUACAUGAAAGCUGCUUAUCUCAGUAUGUUUGGACCAGAUGACUGCAGUCCUUUUGGAGACAGCGAAGUUGAAUUAUUUAGGAUUGUUCCCAGCCUGAAACUGAAAAUUGCAGGGAAAUCUCUGCCCACAGAAAAGUUUGCAAUUCGGAAAGCACGACGGUAUCUUUCUUCAAACCCCAUUCCUUUGCCUGUCCCACCUUUGGAAAUGAUGUAUAUCUGGAAUGGCUAUGCUGUAAUUGGAAAAUGUCCCAACUUAACAGAAGGCAUGUUAGAGACUUUAAAUGAAGCAGAAGAAGCAUUGGCAAGAAGUUCAGCUACAGAGCUACUGGCAGAUGACCGGUGUGUGAUAAAGCUGUUAAAGGGAUUAUGCUUCAAGCAUUUGGGCAAGAUCUCAGAAGCAGAAGACCACUUUAAUUACAUCUAUUUAAAUGAGAAGAAGAUAAAAUAUGACCAUUACCUAAUUCCAAAUGCCUUGCUGGAGCUGGCAAUACUGUAUCUGGACCAGGAUAGAAGAGAAGAAGCAAUAAAACUUCUGGAAAAAGCAAAACAAAACUACAAGAAUUACUCCAUGGAAACAAGGACACAUUUCAGAAUUCAAGCUGCCCUGCACCAAGCCAAAUCCGCCCCAGAAAAUGGAAUGCACUGUGGAGCCUCGGCGGUGUCGUAACUUUUUCUUCUUUGAUGUUCUGUUUGUUGAAAACUUUGGUGCAGAAAAUUACUGACACUUUAGAAUUAUUUUUCCUUUUCUUUCAAGUCAGUGAAAAACCAAAUAACUUAAAAUUUCAAAGGUGAUGCAUAAAACAUUAAUCUAGUGUAACAACAUGGCAAAAAAUCUCUCAAACCAACCAUAACCCUGAAAAAUAUUGUUUUUCCAACAGUGGCUUUUUGACACUUGCACACACCUCCAUCUGUGUAAUUCAUUUUCAAUUGUGUGCCUUUUUCUUGCAUUUGCAACAUUCUGUUGUAGCUUGCUUAGUGAAAGGGGAACAUUUGAAAAAAAAACCCAAACAGCAAAACUUUAAGAUUUCCAGAUUUAAUCUGUUAGUUCUAAAUGUUUGUUUGCAUCCAUACUGCUGGCAGCUGAGAAGGAAGCAUUGCUUUUUCCCAGUACCUGCUUAGUUGGAAUGGUGGGAGAAAAUCUCACAGCAGGGAGGAGCUCUGGAUCCUGGGCAUGUCUAGUUGUGCACAGGAAGCUUCUCUUUACCAGAAGAGAAACUAUUCUCUUCACAUUUUUGCUUCUGUAAGAACCCUGCUGGUGGGUGAAAAGAAUGAUCUCCCUUAUGCAAGAACCUUGACUUUUUCUUGAGUUUGGUUUUCCUGUCAAGUCUGCUGCUUGUAGCAGCUGAAUUAAUUUACUGAGGAUUGCAAAGGGAAAGGUGGUGAUGGCAUAAAACUGCAUCACUUCUUCUUUGACAAUGGGAGGUUCUUAGGAAAUGUCUUUUGUCAGAAUGAACAUGAUCUGAAGCUUAUGUCAAAUUGAAAGCACAAGUCCUUGAAGGUCAUUCAGGAGAUGGCAGCACUGCAGGGGCUGGAGCAGCCCAGGAGCUGCUGUGCCAGUGCAGCCCUUCCUGCAGGGGCUGCUCUCAGGAUUCCCAAGCUGAGAUGUCCCCGUUGCACAAGGCUGAUGUUCCCUGUGGGAGGAAGCUGGGGCUGAAGCAGGCUCCCUCACCACAAAGGACAUCUUUAUCUUUCUGCUCUUUAUUGAUCUUUGGGAGGUUUUCUGUGUUAGGGGUUUGAGAAUAGAGCAAUGAGCUGGGUCUGCUUUCCAAUGCUGCCAUGGAAUUCCUGCUUUGCUGGUGAAGUCAGCGGUACCACAGCUUUGCCUCGUGUUUGCUUGCUCCAGGCUAGCUCCAUGUCUGUAUGCCUCUGGGGUUUUGGGGCACACUUCUACCUCCCUUUUGAAAGAGCUUCUUCCCCAUGACCCAUUCUGAUGGGUGGAGAUGGGAGGUCUUCUGACAGCCCUUUCUCUCCAAUGGAGACGUUUGUCAGGAAGAUUCAUAUCUAUGUACCUCACAGUGCAUAUCCUUUCUAAAGUGAUUGUUCCCAGCAGAAGAGAAAAUUGACAGUUUAUAGCUCUGCUUUUGCCUCCUCAAAGGAAAUAAAAUUGUUUUAUAACUGUAGAUUAAUAUGCAAGGAGACAGAACCACCAGUUUCUCAACAUGGAGAACUUGCAUUGUCUUAAAAAUAGAUGCCCUUUAUAAAAGUCUUUGCAAGUUAAAAAUCAUAGAUGAAAAAUGCAUUUUUUAAAGUGACUUUCUCAGAUAAAUUCAGUUCUGAUAAAUUUCUUGAUUCAGAUAAAAUUCAGUAUAAACAAUUAUGCUAUUUACAUGCUGCACAUCAAAACUUCAGUGUAAAAAUUCAGUCAUUCUUUGUAUAGAAUAAAAAAAGUUUCUUGUUCUACUU